AUGGAGGGAACCUUGAAGCUCCGGACCAACGUAAACCGGUCAAUCAAGGACGGUCUCCCAAAGGUGAAGGAUCGGGUUGCCCGAGUUCUCGAAAUUAAAGGUUUGAUGAGACAGGCUUUAGUUAAUGAACGGGAGCUUGUGAACCAAGUUUUAGCCCCUAAACUGAACGACAAGGGCGGGAAUCAAAGGAAACGGGCAAGGAGCUCACCAGCGGAUAGCCCCGAUCUUCCUGAAUUGGCCAAUCAGCCUCUGUCAGAUGUCGAGCAGAAGGUCGAGGACAGGGCCACCCAGAUGACACCCCCUACUGAGCACACUCCAGCUCUAAAGAAGCGCCCUCAGCAAACCAGGGAGCUUGCCUCUCCCCCAACGGUUGACGGAAGCAGCUCUAUGAACUCUGCUGUGGCACCAUCAAAUGUGGGUAACUGGGAGAAGAGGCUUUCCCGCAAAGAAAAGAGGAAAUUGAGACGAAUUGAGGCUGUCUCUAACAAAGAACCUGCAGCAAGGGAUCGAAAGGUUGCUGAUCCUGCUCUGGCGAGGGAGGUUCGUGGAAAGGCCCCCCCUUUUUCAAAGAAACCCAGGCCGAGAAAGCCCAGGGCUGAGGCAAUCCUGAUCAACCUCUUAGGGGGGCGAUCUUUUGCUGAAGUCUUGGGUCGACUCAAGUCUAAGGCCAAGCCAGAGGAGACGGAUACGAUUGUUAAGUCAAUCAGGUGUACCCAGAAUGGGAAAGUUCUCCUCGAGCUGGGGAAAUCUGGUGACCGAGUGGCUUUUGCUGCAAAGGUCAGAGAGGCUCUGGGGGACCACGGUACCGUUCAGGAACUCGAGCCUAGGACCUCGGUGGAGAUCCGGGACCUUGACGGUCUUUCGACUGAGGCUGAAGUCAGGGAGGCUAUCAACAAGGCCAUCCCUGAUAUCCAAAAUGCCGACUCCCUUAAAGUAUGGCUUACGCGGCCCAACCGCAGCGAGCAACGCAUAGCUAUCGCUGAAAUGCGAAACCAAGAUGCCAGCAAGCUGCUUAAUCUCACACACCUGAGAAUUGGAUGGGUCAAUUGCAGGCUCAGACGGAGGGUGGUUGUACCGCGAUGCUUUCGCUGCCUCGGGUUUGGUCACUCUUCCCGAAACUGUAAGGGACCCGACCUAUCCAAGAAUUGUUUCAGGUGUGGCGGCUCGGGCCACAACAGGAAGAACUGUACCGCAGCAGAGCGUUGUUUUCUCUGCGCAAAGAAAGGCCAAAAGGACGCCUCAUUAGGUCACAUCCCAGGGGCUGGGCGAUGCAGUGUUUUCAAGGCUGCACUCGACCUUGAGAAGGCUAGGUCUAGGAAAACUGCUGACUCCCUCUUAGAUCAGCUGGCCCAAGAGAUCGGUGCGGACACCCUUCUGAUCAGCGAGCAGUACCGUGACAGGGACCCACACUUCUGGUUCCCAGAUUCUCUUGGUACUGCCGCUUGUUGGGUUCGAAACAGCACGGAAGCACCAGUGCAAGAUCACGGACGCGGCCGAGGCUUCGUUUGGGUCAGGUGUAGGGACGUCACGUUUUUUAGUGUCUACCUUACCCCCAACGAGCCAAUUCGGGAAUUCCGUCUGAAGCUUGACCGCUUAGAAGACAGUGUACGGGGUACCGUUGGGCAUGUCGUUGUUGCUGGUGACUUUAAUGCGAGGGCUGUGGAGUGGGGUAUGACCUCUACAAACUCCCGGGGGAAAUACAUCCUGGACUUUGCCGCCAGAGCCGGACUUGUCGUCUUAAAUGAGGGCGACACGCCUACUUUCCGGCGCCCCGGCAUGAGAGGUACGAUCCCCGAUAUCUCCUUCUCGUCGGAAUCACUACUAGCAGGGAUCUCCAACUGGAGAGUCAUCGAAGACCUCACGGCAAGUGAUCAUCAGUACAUCGUUUUUGAUAUACUGGAUGAACACCAUAAUCAGGCGCCUGUAUCACGAUCUGGACCACGCCGAUGGAAUACGGACAAGCUGGAUGUUGAGAAGUUCACUGACGUAAUCUCACGGGGAGCGCUGGUGAAUUCUGCUGCACCUGUUGACGCCGAGGCAUUGGUAACGUCCACGAUGGAACUGAUUGUCUCGGCUUGUGACCAGGCCAUGCCACGCAGGGGACGCCGUCGCGAUAAGCAAGCUGUGUACUGGUGGACUUUAGAGAUCUCGAACCUUCGGAAAACUUGUCUAAAAGCCAGACGUGCCGCUAUGAGGGCCAGAAGAUUCCCGGAUUCAGCGGCUUAUAGGGCUGCGAAGAAAGCUCUUCGCCGGGCUAUCAUCAGGAGCAAGCAAUCCGCAGCUGCUAUAUACUCCGCCUCGGUCGAUGAGAGCGCUACGAUGGGUUGUCGCCUCGAACACCAGGCAAUAGGUCCUCCAGCAUAUAGAAUCACAUAUCCACUUGUACUUCUUCUGGUAUCUUCAUCUCCGGCAAACUCGGCGCCCGAUUACCACCUUCCGUCAUGGAGGGCACCACCAUGGACAGGAUCGUCACCCCGGAGGAUCGUCUUUCCGUCUCAUCCUCGGCGGCCUUUUUUCGACUAUGGCGAGGUAGGGGACAUUCCACUCUUUAGCAUUAAAGAGCUGGAAUCAUCUGUCCUCUCCCUGAAAAAUAGAAAAGCACCUGGUCCUGAUGGUAUUCCCAGUGAGGCUCUCAAGAAGGUAUUCUCAGUUAACCCCCUCUUACUGCUGAGAAUGUACAACACAUGCCUGUGCGAAGGGGUUUUCCCAACUCCUUGGAAAAGGGCUAGGCUUGUGCUAAUCAGCAAGGGGAAAUGUGACCCGAAUAUGCCGUCGUCUUACAGACCCCUCUAUAUGUUGGAUGUGGCCGGAAAACUCUUCGAGAAACUGAUCCGCUGCCGCCUGAUGUCAGCUGCCGGAGAUUUGUCUCCUCGUCAGUACGGCUUCAGAAAGGGUCGGUCAACAAUCGACGCGAUAUCCGAGGUACACAGAGCGGUAGAGCGUGCCGAGAGCUACAAUCAUUACUCUCGCCGUAUCGUGCUUCUUGUUACGCUAGAUGUCAAGAAUGCUUUUAACUCGGCGAGAUGGGUCGAUAUGUUGAGCGCGUUGAGAAACAGCUUCCGCGUACCAGCAUAUCUGUUGAGGCUGAUCGAGGACUACCUGCGCUGCAGAACUCUUAAUUACGAAACUAAAGAUGGUUCGCGGACGAUGGAUGUUACUUCCGGUGCCGCGCAAGGUUCGAUACUCGGCCCAGAUUUGUGGAACGCUGCCUAA